GUUCUAGUUUUUUUAAAUUAUUUUUUUUUUAGAAUAUAACAAAUAUAACUGUGGAUCCUUAAUAGUUCGUCAUUAUAAAUACUCGAUCUCAAAUAUAUCUUAUGAUAUAGUAAGAAAUCUCUGUUUACACCUACAUUAGACAUUUCACACUUCUGUACUUUACAACCAUCAAUACACCUUUAAAAUGAUUAUUGUACAUACAUUUAAACAUUUUUUAAAACAUCCACACCCACAAUAAUUAUAUAUCGAUUUUCGUUAAAAAAAAUUAAUUAUCCACCAAAAAAACACCCAUUCACGUUAGAAAUCAAUUAAACAAAAAUAUUAUAAUCAAAUUGCAACUAAAACAGCAACAACAAAACCAACUACAACAAGAAAAAUAAAAUCAAUUACAUUUUCAUGUAGAUGCCAUAAACUCGCUCAUUCGAAUCUCCAUACCUUUUUUCGUUUCUUUCGUUUUUUCUUUCUCUUGCUUGUUUUUUCGAUGAUACUAACUAAUCAGGUGACGAAUCAGAUUCCAUGGGACCAGGACGUGGUAAAGCAACACUCGCCACACCGCCCAACAAGGAGAAACGCAAACCAUUCUUCAAGAAACAAGAGACCGCAUCCCCAUAUGAUGUUGUGCCAUCGAUGCGUCCCGUCGUCUUAGUGGGUCCAAGUUUAAAAGGUUACGAAGUAACCGAUAUGAUGCAAAAGGCUUUAUUCGACUUCCUGAAACAUCGUUUCGAAGGUCGUAUCAUAAUAACACGAGUCAUGGCCGAUAUAUCGCUGGCGAAACGUUCCAUCAUGAAUAAUCCCUCGAAGCGUGCGAUCAUGGAGCGUUCAAGCAGUCGUUCGGAUUGUUUGAGUAAAGUACAGGAGGAGAUCGAACGAAUAUUCGAAUUGGCCAGAACGUUACAAUUAGUAGUACUCGAUUGUGAUACAAUCAAUCAUCCGUCACAACUAGCAAAAACUUCACUAGCACCAACAAUAGUUUAUCUUAAAAUUAGUAGUAGUAAGGUUUUACAGCGUUUAAUCAAAUCCCGUGGUAAAUCACAGGCAAAAAAUCUUUCCGUACAAAUGGUAGCCGCUGAAAAAUUGGCUCAAUGUCCACCGGAAAUGUUUGAUGUUAUCCUAGAUGAAAAUCAAUUAGAAGAUGCCUGUGAACAUAUUGCUGAAUAUUUAGAGACCUAUUGGAGAGCCACUCAUCCAGAUAUUAAUACGGCUGCCUCUAUACCUAGACCAUUACCUCAGGAAGCUUCACCUACCACAGAACAAGCCCGCAUGGGUCCUACACCACCCGUGGAUGGGGGAGAAGAUCAAAGAGAU